AUGAUUCACGUGUUCGAUGACACAAAUAAUAAUCAUCCUGCUCUUUCCUUUCCCCAGGUCACUCCUGGAAGCAAGGCUGCUAUAGCUAAUUUAUGUAUUGGAGAUAUAAUCACAGCCAUCGAUGGGGAAAAUGCCAGCAAUAUGACGCACUUGGAAGCUCAGAACAAAAUUAAGGGCUGUGGGGACAACAUGACUCUCACAAUAACCAGAUCUGAAUUUAAACCAUGGUCUCCUUUGGUGACAGAAGAAGGGAAACGUCAUCCAUACAAGAUGAAUUUAGCCUCUGAACCCCAAGAGGUCCUGCAUAUAGGAAGCGCCCACAACCGGAGCGCCAUGCCCUUCACCGCCUCCUUGGCCUCCAGCUCUGCUCCCAGGGUCAUCACACAGCAAUACAACAACCCAGCCGGCCUCUACUCCGCGGAAAACAUCUCCAACUUCAACAACGCCUUGGAGUCAAAGGUUGCAGCUAGCGGGGAGGAGGCCAGCAGCAGAGUCUUAGAACAUACCCACUCUCCAAGCGGCCUCAUCAUCGACAAAGAAUCUGAGGUUUACAAGAUGCUGCAGGAGAAGCAAGAGUUAAACGAGCCCCCGAAGCAGUCCACUUCAUUCCUGGUUCUGCAGGAAAUCCUGGAGUCGGAGGAGAAAGGGGAUCCCAACAAGCCAUCCGGAUUCAGAAGUGUCAAGGCUCCAGUCACCAAAGUAGCUGCAUCGAUUGGAAAUGCCCAGAAGCUGCCCUUGUGUGACAAGUGUGGCACCGGCAUCGUGGGCGUGUUUGUGAAGCUGAGGGAACGUCACCGCCACCCCGAGUGUUACGUCUGCACCGACUGUGGCAUCAACCUGAAGCAGAAAGGCCACUUCUUUGUGGAGGAUCAGAUUUACUGUGAAAAGCACGCCCGGGAGCGGGUCACACCCCCAGAGGGCUACGAUGUGGUCACGGUGUUCCCCAAGUGAGCCGGGGUGGCUGAGCGCGGGCCUCCACUCAGCUUGCUCUCUGACGCUGUCCUCUCUGGGAGGUUCCUACUUACCCCCUCUGUUGAUUAAGGCCACGGCCCCUCCCUUGCUCCCCGAGCCCACAGCUGCGUGGCGCCUGCUCCUACAGUGGAUGGAAGGUUGUUCCAUGUCCUGCAGCAAAGCCGUGUCUUUGCACCGUUCACCUCCUCUGCAGAUGGACACCAGUCAUUGGAACCCAACUGAAUUCAGUAUGUCUGGUCUUGAUUCCAUUUUUACUCAAUAAAUGAACAGGCUCCAAGGC